AUGCGCAUUCGUCUGGACCCUCCAAUUGAAGACCUUGCUUUUCGAUUUAAAAUUUCUGCUAGCCAUGCAUCAAAAAUAUGUACAACCUUUUUUGUGUUGUUGGCACGACAGCUGGAGCCACUCAUUUAUUGGCCAACACCAGAAGAAACUCUAGCAUUCAAGCACCCCCACUUUUCUGGGGACUAUAACAAGUUUGAAGGCAUUGGUGAUUGCACUGAACAAGUUAUUCAAAAGCCUGCAAAUUCCAAGGCUCAGUACCAAACAUACAGCACAUAUAAGAGCAGAAAUACCCAAAAGAAAUUAAUAUUCUGUACAAAAGGAGGAUCAAUUAGUUUUGUGUCAAGGUCCUAUUCUGGCUCUGCUUCAGAUCGUUUUAUCACAGAAGACUCCAAUGUUGUGCAGAAAUUUCAUCCUGGGUUUAUUGCUAUGUUUGACAAGGGUUACACAGUUCAGGAUAUAUUUCUUCCCAGGCAAGUUAAAGUUAAAGUGCCACCCUUCGUUCGAAGCAAAAGACAGUUUACACCCUCAGAAAUAUCUGAAUGUAAACGAAUUGCAAGAGCAAGAAUUCACAUUGAGCGUGUUAUGGGAAGACUGAAAUUUAGACUACUGGAUCAUACUUUACCUCUAACCUUGUUAGAUAUAAUUGAUGAGGUCUGGUUAAUUGCAGCUGCUAUUACCAAUUUGCAGCCACCACUUGUAAAAGGACAGCCUCGUGACUAG